GGAGACUUUGAACACACGUCCCUCGCAUAAAAGGAAGGGAACUGAAUCGAAGAGCCAGGUGUCUCCCUCUCUUACAAUUCCCCAACAGAAACAGCAAAAAAAACCAAAACCCAGCAACAAUGCCUUCAAUGGUUUACCAAAUUUUGCAUUUACACCCCUUAAUCUUUCACUACAUUUUUCACUAUCCAACCCACAUCUUUGCUGGGUUUCUCCUUUUCUCUCCUCUAUUCCAAUAACCAGAGUCCCCCACCUCCAAAGAUCACUACUUUGUUGUCUACACAAUUCCCAUGACAUAAAAAAGUUUCAAACUUUGGAGUUCUCGAACAAGAAGAAUCCUUUCAAUUCAUUCAUGGAGGCCGGUCAUGCCAAAGAGGGUGAUACUAGCAGUCCUCCAAGGCAAAGGUUCUACAUUGAACUCAAGCCUGGUGAGACAACAAUAGUGUCAUGGAAGAAGCUUUUGAAAGAUGCAGCAGCAAACAAGGCAAAUCCAUCUCAUUCUAAUAAUCAAACUGCCGCUGCCGCUGCCGGUGCUUCUACUUCUGCUUUUGUAAUGGAGCCUGCUUCCGUGGAGACUGCCCAACAAGAGGCUCAGUUUGCUCUGGGCCAGCUCACUAAACCUAUACCAAAAAAUGCACCUUCUUCUAGUCGUCUUGGUUCUGUUAUUGAGAAAAUAGAGCAACUUUAUGUGGGUAAUCAGAGUAGUGAUGAGGAAGAACUUGAUGGUGCUCCUGAUGAAGAUCAUUAUGACACCAAGGAUUCUUUCAUAGAUGAUACCGAACUGGAUGAGUAUUUUGAAGUUUAUGAGUCAACUACCAAACAUAAUGGAUUCUUUGUGAAUAAGGGAAAAUUAGAACACAUGAAUAGACCAAUCUCAUCCAGUCACUUCCAGCCGAAGAAAAGAAAGAAUAAUAUGCAAAAAGCUAGAGAAGAGAAGGAUGGUGAUUGCGUUAGAGAUAAACAUGCAAAAUUAGGUCAAGGAAGGAUGAAUGUGGCUACAGGGAAUAUACCAAUGGAUGAACCGUUUCCAACCAACACUCAGAAUUUAGCUGUUAAUGGUGAACAUCAUCAUGAUGGGAAACUGCAUUCAUUGAUGCACCCCAUAUUUUCUGACAAAAAAGUUGCUGGUACUGAUAUAAGAUCUGAAUAUUCUUCAUAUCCAGGAAUCACAAACAGGGAUGAUUCCAUCUCCAACACAGGACAGAUUGACACUGAAAAACAGAUGAAUGGAGUCCUCCAGCCUGGGAAUUUAGGUAGAAUUGUGAAAGAUACAAGUGAAUUAUCUAGAGUUGCAUAUCAAAAGUAUCAAGAAAACAAUGCUCCUGGCCAAUCUGCGCCUCAAUCCAAAAGAUUAGCCAGUGAAACAAGUUCCUCUCCCAAAGUUUCUCCCAGGAACAAGAAGGGAAGACAUGAACUGCCUGACCUGAAUCUUCCUCAUUAUCCAGUACAAGCUGAAAAGAAAACUGCCACCAUGCAUCCAAAGGAUGUUUCUAGCUUGCAGCCAAAGGGCAGUAUGGUUGAAAGAGCCAUCAGGGAUUUGGAGAAAGUAGUUGCAGAAUCUAGGCCACGGAAUACUGAUGCUCAGGAUGCUGAUACUUCAUCGAUGUCUAUCAAAAGAAGAUUGCCAUUUGAAGUGAAGCAGAAGCUUGCUAAAGUUGCCAGACUAGCGCAGUCAAGCCAAGGAAAAAUAUCAGAGGAAUUAAUCGGUCACCUUAUGACCAUUCUUGGGCAUUUAAUUCAGCUGAGGACACUGAAGAAAAAUCUGAGAGAGAUGGUUGAAACGGGACUAACAGCGAAGCAAGAGAAAGCUGACAGAUUCCAGAAGAUUAAAAAGGAGGUCAUGGAGAUGAUAGAACUAAAGUUAUUUAAACAAAGAGAUAAAGCAGUUGUUGACUUUCAGAAAGGUAUUAUUCAUGGAGAAAAAGGAACCAUCAAUAGGAAGUAUGUUAUGGAUGAUAAGAUGGAAGAUAAGAUAUGUGAUCUUUAUGACCUAUUUGUUCAGGGGAUGGAUGAAGACAAAGGUCCGCAAAUUAGAAAGUUAUAUGCUGAGGUUGCAGAAAUGUGGCCAAAUGGAGCUAUGGACAACCAUGGGAUAAAAAUUGCUAUUUGUAGGGCAAAGGAGCGUAGAAGGAUAUUCUACAAUAAUGAGAAGGUUCAAGAGAAAGCGAGGAUAGAAAGGUUGUCCAGGCAGUGGAAGGGAAAUAAUGUUGGUGGUAAAGCAACUUCAAAUGCUCGAGCAAAAUGUGAGCAAGGAGGAGUCAGUGCCUCAGCAGCCAUUGCUCAGUACCUUUCUGGACCUGCAAGACCUAUCCCUUCAUUUUUAAAAAGCCGCAGUGAUGAUCCUCCUAAACAAGAGAAGCUUGAGAAAAUGACAUUUCCUAUGUUGAAAGAACACAUGAAGCAGCAAAAGCGGGAGUUUGAUCGUGGGUUAAAGAAAUCUUCUCCAAAAGUGGACAGGAAAUCUCACAUGUCUCAUAUGCAGGAUGUUGGGCUGCAAGAUGGUAAUUGCGUAAUUAAUAAGUAGGCCAUAUAGUUAUCUUGCUUUUUAGGGAAGUUAUGCUUAGAUAGAGCUAGCAGAAAACUAAUGUCUUUGGCAGAUUAGGCAACUGAUAUUAGUACUCUGGUAUUUUGAACAUUUUGCAGGAAGAGGGAUCUUUGCUUAAGCACCUUUAGGAAAUAAUAAUUUUAUCAGUCCAUAAAACUCUAUAUACAUGCAUGUCUGAUUAGGGAACUAUACCUUGAACCUUUUAGAGGAAUCGGAAUCUUUAUUUUGGAAGCUGUAGGAAAUAAUAAUUACAGUUCAUCAA